UCAAUUUUCUUCUUUUUCCAGGCGUGUUGGGAAGGUAGUUCAGAGAGAGUGUCGGCGAACAUGGUGGGGGCUGUGGUGGAGAAUCUGAGUGGGCGGAAGCUGGCUGUGCUUGGUGGACUUCUGGUGACAGCUCAGGUUACCUGCUUCCUCCUUGGUGGCAUCAGAACUCCUGCGCCUUCAGGCACAAUCCAGUCUUUGACAACCAAAUGUCUGGAUCCUGUGAAGGACGGUAGUCACGAUACGUGGUUCAUCCCGUGGCCGACGGACAGAUUUGGUGAAACCCUGUGCGAACGAUUGGAACACAUCGACGAAGCCUUAGGCAGAAAUGUAACGGCGAGGCAAAUUGUGUUCGCAAGCAAGCUCCCGCAUCGGAAGGAAAAUGCGACGCUGGAUUUUUCCCGUUGGCAGCAAAACCUGAUCGGUGUGCUGCAGGUAGAUGUGGAGUACGAGCCGGAGCGGAACAUGGCCGUGCUGCAGGUAGAACUCACUAUGGACCUCCGCCUUGGUUAUCGGAACAAGCGAGAUUCCGAGUGGCAUUUGUUGGCUGAAUCAACGGAGACGCGGACGCUACGGUGCAGUGUGGAGAACAGCCAGAAGGAGGAGGUGAUGGGCUUGAAGCGACGUCAUGCGUACGACUGUGACAUGAUCCCGUUGUUCGAACUGGGCAAUAUCCACCACGACUUUUACCUGCUGAACAUCCGGCUUCCGUCAGAGUUGAUGGACGGACGCAAGGUGAAUCAGAACCUGGGGCGUCUGUCGGACCUAACGUUGACUGUGAUCCACGGCAACGGUGGGUUUGUCAAAAAGUGGCUAGCCAUGAAGUCCGCCUUUCUUCCGAUUGUUUCGGCUGCUGCGGCCUGGUUUUGGGCCCGAGUCUUGAAGCUGCAUCGCGCUCCUUCCUUGCUUGAAUCCAUGUUGCUUGCCCUUGGCGUGGCGCUGAGCGUGUUGAACGUGCCUCUGGAGCUGCUGUCACUGGUCUUUGAUACUCCAUGGAUGCCGCUGGUGUCGGACAUGCGUCAGGGACUGUUUUAUGCCACGCUGCUCUCGUUUUGGCUCGUGUUUGCCGGAGAACAUCUCAUGGACGACGUGGAACGCAAUAAGCUGAGCGAGUACAGGAAGAACCUUUUAUCCGUUGGGCUUGGCUGUCUCAGCUUGUUUGUGUUUGACAUGUGCGAGCGAGGCACGCAGUUACGGAACCCAUUCCAGUCUAUUUGGCGGACACGGGUUGGCGCCAAUUGCGCCCUCGCUUUUAUUGUCAUGGCUGCCAUCUCCGCCAUUGUCUACUUCGUCUUCCUCUCGUAUCUCAUACUGAAGGUUUUUCUCAACAUUUCGUCUAAGCGGUCUGCCCUGCCGGCCAUGUCUUCCCUCAGAAGGAUGCAUUACGAGGGGAUUAUCUACCGAUUCAAGUUCUUGAUGUUGUUCACGCUGCUGUGCGCCGCGAUGACGGUUGUGAGCUUCAUCAUAGGGCAAGUUUCGGAAGGCGAAUGGAAGUGGGAGGAUGAUGCGCAAAUCGACAUUCAGUACACGUCUGCUUUCUUCACGGGUGUCUACGGCAUGUGGAAUAUCUACGUCUUGUCACUCCUGGCACUCUACGCUCCUUCACAUAAGCGCUGGCCACAAGAAUCCGAUACCCUGAGUGUCAGUGGAGAACAGUUGGAGUUCAGCAGGUUGCCAACGGAACCGACGGAUGCACCCGGUCUUCAAGACCUGCUGCAGAAGCAAUCAUUGGACUAG